CCGUGCUAUCCCUCCCAGUGCGAUGAACAGCUUUGAAAAGCCCAAUUAAAACCUGUUUUUUUUUUGUUGUUGUUUUUUUGUUUUUUGGAUCGCGGAGGGAAGAACGAGCCGUAGCGCGCAGAGACGUGGUCACGCUAAGCGAGACCGGGCGUCUGCAGGACAGACACGCGCCCUUCCCGUCGGUGCGGCUCCCGUGCUCAUCUGAGGUCCCGUUAUUCUUUGUCUGCCUAACAUUGUUGUGUCGGUCCUUAGACUUGCGGAAAAUCCCGUUCAAACCCGUCACAUUUGCGCUCUGCUCGGACUGUCUUGGGAAAGGUAACCAUGACGAGUGCUACAUCCCCCAUUCUCCUCAAAUGGGACCCCAAAAGUCUGGAGAUUCGCACCCUGACUGUUGAGAGACUGCUGGAGCCAUUGGUCACACAGGUGACCACCCUGGUGAACACCAGCAACAAAGGGCCAUCCAGUAAGAAGAAAGGCCGCUCAAAGAAAGCCCACGUGCUGGCCAUGUCUGUGGAGCAGGCCACGCAGAACUUUCUGGAAAAGGGGGAGCAGAUCGCUAAGGACAGCCAGGACCUGAAGGACGAGCUGGUCACCGCCGUGGACGAGGUCCGCAAGCAAGGAGAAACGAUGCGUGUGGCCUCCUCAGAGUUUGCCGAUGACCCGUGCUCAUCGGUGAAGCGUGGCACCAUGGUCCGUGCGGCACGCGCCCUGCUGUCCGCCGUCACGCGCCUCCUCAUCCUUGCUGACAUGGCCGACGUCAUGAGGCUCCUGGCUCACCUCAAAAUUGUGGAGGAAGCCCUCGAGGCCGUGAAGAACGCGACUAACGAGCAGGACCUGGCCAGUUGUUUUAAGGAGUUUGGGAAGGAGAUGGUGAAGCUCAACUACGUGGCAGCUCGAAGGCAGCAAGAGCUGAAGGACCCGCAGUGCCGUGACGAGAUGGCAGCGGCGCGCGGCGCGCUGAAGAAGAACGCCACCAUGCUCUACACGGCCUCGCAAGCCUUCCUGCGCCACCCAGACGUGGCGGCGACGCGCGCCAACCGCGACUACGUCUUCAAGCAGGUGCAGGAGGCCAUCGGCGGUAUCUCAGGCGCAGCCCAAGCCUCGUCCCCCACCGAGGAGAAGCACGGUCACGCCGGCAUCGGCGAGCUGGCCGCCGCGCUCAACGAGUUCGACAACAAGAUCAUUCUGGACCCUCUGACGUUCAGCGAGGCGCGUUUUCGGCCCUCUCUGGAGGAACGUCUGGAGAGCAUCAUCAGCGGCGCCGCCCUCAUGGCGGACUCCUCGUGCACGCGCGACGACCGGCGCGAGCGGAUCGUGGCCGAGUGCAACGCCGUGCGCCAGGCCCUCCAGGACCUGCUCAGCGAGUACAUGAACAACACGGGUAGGAAAGAGAGGGGAGACCCGCUGAACACCGCCAUCGACAAGAUGACCAAGAAGACCCGGGACUUGCGCAGACAGCUGAGGAAGGCCGUGAUGGACCACAUCUCCGACUCCUUCCUGGAGACCAACGUGCCCCUGCUUGUCCUCAUCGAAGCGGCCAAGAGCGGCAACGAGAAGGAGGUGAAGGAGUAUGCGCAAGUGUUUCGCGAGCACGCCAACAAGCUGGUGGAGGUGGCCAACCUCGCAUGCUCCAUCUCCAACAACGAGGAGGGGGUGAAGUUGGUUCGUAUGGCCGCUACACAGAUCGACAGCCUGUGUCCUCAGGUGAUAAAUGCGGCGCUGACGCUGGCCGCACGCCCCCAGAGCAAGGUGGCCCAGGACAACAUGGAUGUGUUCAAAGACCAGUGGGAGAAGCAGGUGCGCAUUCUGACUGAGGCAGUGGACGACAUCACUUCCGUCGAUGACUUCCUGUCCGUGUCAGAGAACCACAUCCUAGAGGACGUGAAUAAGUGCGUGAUUGCUCUGCAGGAGGGGGAUAUGGACACGCUGGACAGGACGGCGGGGGCCAUCCGGGGACGCGCCGCCCGCGUCGUCCACAUCAUCAACGCCGAGAUGGAGAAUUACGAGCCGGGCGUCUACACGGAGCGCGUGCUGGAGACCCUGCGGCUGCUCUCCGAAACGGUGAUGCCGCGCUUUGCCGAGCAGGUGGAGGUCGCUAUCGAGGCUCUGAGCACCUGCCCCCCGCAGCCUUUCGAGGAGAACGAGUUCAUCGACGCCUCGCGCCUGGUCUACGACGGCGUGCGUGACAUCAGAAAGGCCGUGCUCAUGAUACGGACCCCAGAGGAACUGGAGGACGACUCAGACUUUGAGCAAGAGGACUAUGACACCCGUAGCCGCACCAGUGUCCAGACAGAAGACGAUCAGCUGAUCGCUGGCCAAAGUGCCCGAGCGAUCAUGGCUCAGCUGCCUCAGGAGGAGAAGGCCAAGAUUGCUGAGCAGGUGGAGAGCUUCCGGCAGGAGAAGAGCAAGUUAGACGCCGAGGUGGCCAAGUGGGAUGACAACGGCAAUGACAUCAUCGUUCUAGCCAAGCAGAUGUGCAUGAUCAUGAUGGAGAUGACCGACUUCACUCGGGGCAAGGGCCCACUGAAGAACUCUUCAGACGUGAUUAAUGCCGCCAAGAAGAUUGCGGAGGCUGGUUCGAGGAUGGACAAGCUGGCCCGUGCUGUGGCUGACCAGUGUCCUGAUUCAGCCUGCAAGCAGGACCUGCUGGCUUACCUUCAGAGGAUCGCUCUCUACUGCCACCAGCUGAACAUCUGCAGCAAGGUCAAGGCCGAGGUCCAGAACCUGGGAGGAGAACUCAUCGUCUCGGGGCUGGACAGCGCUACGUCCCUGAUCCAGGCGGCCAAAAAUCUAAUGAACGCCGUGGUGCUGACGGUCAAGGCCUCCUAUGUGGCGUCCACCAAGUACCAGAAGGUUUACGGCACGGCCGCCGUCAACUCGCCCGUGGUUUCCUGGCGCAUGAAGGUGCCGGAGAAGAAGCCCCUGGUGAAGCGGGAGAAGCCCGAGGAGUGCCAGACACGCGUGCGCCGCGGUUCGCAGAAGAAGCACAUCUCGCCGGUCCAAGCUCUCAGCGAGUUCAAGGCCAUGGACUCCUUUUAAACUCCCAGGAGUUUUAAACUCCUUUUAAACUCCUCUUCCCCAUGAAGAGGAAAAAUAAAACAAAAAUCGCCCCACACACACACACAUCUUUUCCCUCUCUCUUCGCUUUCUUUAGUUCUUCACAGACCUUCACCCGUGUGGCCCACUGUUGCGAGAGGUUACAACGUCCACCUUGCUUCUUCUGAAAAGAAAAAAACAAAAACAAAACAAAAAAAAAAACCCAAAAAGACAACGCACGUCACCGCACAACACGAGCCGGGCCGAGACACAAACAGAAUGCGCUGAGGCGAAUGAUGCUUGGUUAACCGUUCAGGUUUCAGUUCAGUUCCUGUGGUGUUUGUUAGUUAGCAGUGUUAACUACUGACUGGCCAUAUUUACACAGAUAUAUGAAAGAAAAUAAUAUAUUGUUAGGUAGUGUCAACCCUAGCUGUUAAGGGCGAGAGAGCUCCUGACAUCAAUUUUGACUGAAACUGGAUAUGAUUUGUAGAUUGUAGGACUUAGGCUUUUUUUCUCUGACCCUCCAUAAUCCAUGUAAUCCACUCGGUGACAUGAAGCACUAGGUUUUGCAAUUUAUUUAAUUAUAUUUCUGCGUCACUAACUACUGCAGCCUGGUUGGCUAUCGUGUUGAACAUACUACUAGAAACGGACCGAUUGAACUAGUUGUGUGGUUUGCUCGGAGAAUAAGUAGAACUCUGCGUAUCUUUAUAGUCACAAUUCUCUAAUAAACCCUGCAACUGUGUGUUCUGA